AUGAAGCUUUGGUCGACUUCUCUCUUCAUAUCAAUCCUAUCAUGGACACUAUCAGAUGCACUCUACUCCCAUCAGGAGCUCGCUUCGAUCCCCACCACCCGUCCUCUGAUCUCAUCCUUGUCGGUGCCGAGCUGUUGUCAUGAUGCCCUUGUGGUCCUUCGGCAAUGUUCUCCUCUGCGCCUUGCCGGAGGGAAAGAGAAGAAGUUGAGCAAGCUCACAAAGCGGCGCAUGAAGAUGGAAUCAAGAAGAGCGGCUAAACGAGAGCGAAGGGAAGCGAAGGGCGCUUCGAGCUCGGAAUGGGACUCGGGUUCGGAUGAAGGUUGGCAGGAGGGGUCGGUGGAGGCGUCAUCAGAGGGGUCUGAUCCACGGAUCGGGAAUGGAGAACAGGAGGAGCCAGAGCCGGAAGAAGAGAGAAAGCAACGAAGAGAUGUUGGAGACAACAAGAGAAAGGGUGUGAAAGCUUUCUCUCCUCAUGUCGCUGGGAAGAAGCCAAGUGAAGAAACGUUUGACUGGCGAGUCUACCAAUGGGAGGACGACAAGGCCACAACUCGACUGGAUCAUCUCCGAACGAAACAAGAAAUCCUGAUGGAUCGCAGCGCGAUGGGCUGGAAAUUCGCCGCCGAAAACAUGGAAGAUCGGAGGAAGGAGAAGCAGAAGAAGAAAGGCGACAAGAGUCAAGCAAAAGACCAUGCCGAUGACGGAGAGCAAGGGGAAGAGGAGGGGGAAGAGGGGGAGGACCAGGUUGAAAGGGCCUCGGAGGUCCUAAAGAAGCACAAAAGGCUCACGAAGAGGAAGAGGAAGGAGCUAGAAAAGCUUGAAGAGCUGAAGAAGGCAAACCAGAUGCAAAAGGGGAUCCGGCCCUCGGACAUGUAUCCAUCUUCAGAGAGCCAUGGUAGGGUUGGAACACAGAAGAGAGAAGACAACCUCUUCCAUAUCCCCGCGAAAGGCCAAAUGGAAGUAGAAGAUCGGGAACAGAUCGUCAAACAUAUUGCGAAGGAUGAAGCUGAACGAAAGAAGCAACGAACGCUCAAGCUAAGAAAGCGAGCUUGUGCGUGA